UGGCGCAGGGACUGCUGGAACCUGGAGGUGCGCACUGUCGCUUUAAGACAGAUUCUGCCGGCGCCGUCCGGAGCCUUAGAAACCGGCCCGGGAUCGGGAGCCCUAGCCGGGGCCGGGCGGGCGGCUGAGGCCCGAGCGGCGGGAGCGGAGCGCGAAGCCGGGCGCCCGGUCGCGAGAAACCGCUGCUGCUGCCGCCCGCCUGGCCCCGCAGCCCCAGGCGGUCCAUGGGGCAGGCGCGGCAACCUUGCGGGCGCGGGCAGCCCCGGGGGGCGGCCGCUUAGGCACUGCGCUCUUGUCCCCGCAGAUCGCAGCCAGGGCGGCCCGGCGCGCCCUGCCCCGCCCCCGGAGCGCCCGCCACGGUCCCCGCCUCCAUGGAUGCUUUCAAGGAGGGCAUGAGCCUGGAGCGGCUCCGGCCGCCGGCCACGCAGCCACCGGCGCAUGACAUGGGGCCCGCCUUCCACUUAGCCCGCGCCGCGGACCCCCGGGAGCCGCUCGAGAACUCCGCCAGCGAGUCGUCCGACACGGAGCUGCCAGAGAAGGAGCGCGGCGGGGAGCCCAAGGGGCCUGAGGACAGCGGUGCUGGCGGCGCGGGCUGCGGAGGCGCGGAGGACCCCGCCAAGAAAAAGAAGCAGCGGCGGCAGCGCACGCACUUCACCAGCCAGCAGCUGCAGGAGCUGGAGGCCACGUUCCAGAGGAACCGCUACCCCGACAUGAGCAUGCGGGAGGAGAUCGCCGUGUGGACCAACCUCACGGAGCCGCGCGUGAGGGUCUGGUUCAAGAAUCGGCGAGCCAAGUGGCGGAAGCGCGAGCGUAACCAGCAGCUGGACCUGUGCAAGGGCGGCUACGUGCCGCAGUUCAGCGGCUUGGUGCAGCCCUACGUGGACGUGUAUGCUGCCGGCUACUCCUAUAACAACUGGGCUGCCGGCUACUCCUAUAACGGCUACUCCUAUAACUGGCGGCUACUCCAUAACAACUGGGCGCCGCUCUCCACCAAGAGCUUCACCUUCUUCAACUCCAUGAGCCCGCUGUCGUCGCAGUGCAUGUUCUCGGCACCCAGCUCCAUCUCCUCCAUGACCAUGCCGUUGAGCAUGGGCCCCGGCCCCGUGCCUGGCAGGCCGAACUCGGGUCUCAACAACAUCAACAACCUCACUGGCUCCUGGCUUAACUAGGCCAUGUCCCCGGGCGCCUGUCCUUACGGCACACCCGCCUCGCCCUACAGUGUCUACCGUGACACGUGCAGCUGGAGCCUAGCCAGCCUGCGGCUCAAGUCCAAGUAGCACUCCUCAUUCCGCUACUGUGGCCUGCAGGGCCCGGCCUCCGGCCUCAACGCCUGCCAGUACAACAGCUGACCGCCCGGCCGGCCACGAGGGCCGCGCGGUGCGGGGGGCGGAGGACGCACGCGGGGCCUCGCUCUGCGCGCCCGCCGUGUGCCCGCGCGGCCCCUCCUCCCCCGCCCCCCUCCGGGUUGGUUUUGUGUUUGCUUUUCCGGACCCCACUCUGCCCUCCAAAACCAGACAAAACAAAAAGACGUCGGAGCGAAGUGCCGCGAAAAAACGGAUGAGUUGCAAUUUCCCUCGGGAUGGCGCAGGUGGCGUCUGUGCGCUUUCUCGGGCCUCGGCAGGUGGCCAGGCCCAGUGACACCAAGAGGAUGCCCUUGUUGCCCAUGUUCCCGCCGCCCUGACCCGGACUGUGCCCGCGCCUGUGAACUGGACGCGCUGGAGCCUGGCCUAGGCCCCUACGAACAAAGACGCCCCCUCCGAGCUGGGCCCGGCCGAGCGAACCUCAGCUAGAUCCGCAUCCGAGUUGGAGUGAGCAUUGGGCUGGAAAUGAAGGUGUCUAGCCCAGGACCAAGGACUCGCUGAGGAGCUGCAUGUGGCCCUGGCGCGCCCCCAGGAGCCCUCGCUUGCCUGGCGCCUGGGAAAACUAUUUAAAGGCUACGGAGCCGCAGAUGCGGCGAGAGGAUGGGGUGAGCUCGUCUCUGAGCACCCCAGCUUCCCCGCAGGCCCAGGUCCUCUGCUCCUCUCCAGGCUAGAAGUUGGCCCCCUGGUCCAGGCUCAGAGCUGCGGUGCAAGAAGAGUGGAGCCAAGCUGGGGAGCUCCGGCCAUGGCCACGGCCUCUCGCUGAGCCCACUUUGCACACCCAGCUCUCCUGCCCACGCCCCUGUUUACAGUGUCCUUGUGUAU